CAAUACUGAAAAAAGAAAAGACGUGAUUUCUGCUCAUUGGCAAUGUGUGUUUAUGUGUUGUGUUUACGGUGGAAGUACGUGUGGAAAGGAGAAUGAUCGAAUCUUGCACUAAAAAACGUAUGGUUUUUGCUGUUACAUGUCUCGGCGGGCUGACUUUGUUUGUACUAAUAAUAGAAAGCCAUCUUACAUCGAGCUCAGGUGCAAACCAUUCAAAUCCUGUUACAAGAAAUUCUACAAAUGAUUGCUGGUUAAAAGAAGACUAUGAAAUUGUUGAAUCAUGCCAUCCCUGUACAGCAUUUGAAAUACGCAGCAGGAUGAUAGCUGCAUGCCUGCCUACACAUUAUAAGGAAGUUUUAAGGUGCACAAACUCUGGCUCAAAUGUCAUUAGAAGUUGUGACAAGGUAACUUGGCUUGAGGAAAGAAACUUCUGGAUAUUUGAAGGAUUGGCAUUUGCUACUGGAUUUGUCUCUACAACUGUUGUGUAUGUAAGGCAGAAAAUACUAGAUCAUCGAAUGCUACGCCGAAUUCAAAGGCAAUUGGCAAGUGGAGUUUGAAUAGACAGAUUAAUUUG